CUCGUUUCCUCUCGUUUCCUGGGACGGACGAUCGUCCAUCGUCCGAAUCAUUUUGGGCUCAGUCUCUCCUCCUGGGAGGGGGGGCACUGGAUCAGAACGAAGUGGCCAUGAUCCUCAAAGAAGGCCUUCUGGAAGAGGACGAGGCCAGAUAUUUGGCCUCCUACAAUCACAGCUUCAAAGGGCUCAUUCACGGCAAGCCUCCGAAGCGCGGCUUCGAGCAUGGCGGGAAUUUACGCCGGGCCUGCGAUUGCACGUGGCCGGUGGUAGUGACGUUUGUGCUGUCGCUGGCGGCCUUUCUGCUGCCGCGCUGGCUGGCGGCGCUCUGCGUGGUGGUGAUCGUUGGCAUCCUUUGUCGGCUCAAGGGUUCCCUUGGCGUGCUGCUGUUGAGCGUGUUAGUUGGAAAGAUCCACAAGAACCACCACGAGCGGGCCGUGAUUUACUACAGUUGGUUCCCCUGCUGGAAGUUGCUGCUCUGCUUGUUGGGUGCAGUGAGCGGUGGCUUGGUAGGGCAUCAUCUUUGGGAGCACUACUGGCAGCAGUAUUCGGAGGUCUCCCUCUUGAAGGCCUACCGCGGCAUCGACCCCUCGGUGGUCCCGGGCACGCAGAUCCAGGACGCGGGCGCCGUGGACUUCGUGUCCAGCGCGGGCAUCGACUCGGAGCACGCCGGGUGCUUCAUGAAUGCCGGCCGCACUUAUUGCAUCGCACCCAUCGUCACCAACGGGACCAUGCUCCACAACAUUGGCGGAGCGCCCCGCUAUGGGAGCUAUGACUACUUUGCUGUCGGGGUCGACUGCUGCAGCUGUCCAGACAUCAACUUCCGCUGCGGUGCUUGGCGCCACCCCUGGGCUGAGGGCGGCAUCCGCUCCACCGAUCUCGAAGCACGGCCCUUCUACAGGCUCGCAGUGGAGGCUUGGGCCAGCUCCUAUCGGAAGACUGCAGCACAUCCCUUGUUCUUUGAGUGGGUGGAGUCGCCCGUAGCGCACUGGAAGACACUGCGGCAGAACUUCUGGAAAGGCCUGGCCUUCUCAGUUCUGCUCUUCUCUGGUGCCAUCUUCGCCUUCAGCUUGACCUUGGCGCGGCUUCAGCAGGCGCUGGUGGUGCAUGGCUGGGCUUCGCCCUGGUGCACUCCAGCGCCGCCGCAGGGCUUUGAGACCGCCUGGGAGCGCUGGUUGCCAGAGAUGAUGGAGAGCUAUAAGGAGUCCAUGUUGAUGCCGGAGGCUUCUUUCACUGAGAGCCCGGACAGCUUCUAUGGAGCAGUCGACACCUCCUCCAGCUCUGCAUAGAGAUCAUCUCUUCGUUCGCUGGAACAGCUUUCGGGUGUCACGAGGACGAGUGGAGAA